AUGGAUGAGAUGUUCUUCCAGGUUUCUUCCAACUCCGACCCUCAGAACACAACCCCACAGGAUAAGAUUUUGGAUUUUGCUCUUCCCGUGGAUGGGACUAGUAAUCUGUCCAGCAAUAUGGGAAGUAGAGGCCAGCAACGAAAAUUAUGGGCGAGUGACAAGAGCGAAAAUAGUAAUGAUGAUAAUAAGAAAAAGUUGAUGCAUAGGGAUAUUGAAAGGCAAAGGAGGCAAGAAAUGGCCACCCUUUAUGCCUCUCUUCGAACUCUACUCCCUCUUGAGUAUAUCAAGGGAAAGCGUGCAAUAUCAGAUCAUAUGAAUGGGGCAGUGUGCUAUAUAAAAGACCUGCAGAAGAGGAUCGAUGAACUGAGUGCUAAGAGAGAUGAGUUAAAGAAGCUAUCCAAUUCGAGUUGUUUUGACCAAGGGAUGAGCUCGAACGACUCUUUCCCAAGCAGUGUUGUCGUUCGCCAAUCUUUGAAUGGUGUUGAAGUUGUGAUCAGCACUGGCCUUGGAGCUGAAGCUUUGACCCUCUCAAGAGUGUUAGAACUACUGCUUGAGGAAGGACUUGAUGUUGUUAGCUGUAUUUCCACCAGAAUUGAUGGAGGACUGAUUCAUACCAUCCAAUCUGAGGUCAGUGAUCUGACAUACGUUAAUGUACCUGGGCUGGAACAGAAACUAAAUGAAGAAAUUUCAUCCUUGGGUCAAAUUUCCUAGCUACUAAACCAUAUUUUGGUGUUGAAGAUUCUUCCCAUCACAGCUCCCACCUUUUGAUUAUGAUUUGAGUGAGGUUGGUCUUUUGCUAUUUAGUAUGACCCAUACGAUGCAUCCAAUAUUCUACCAAUAUUUGCGAGGUCUUUUGCUUUCAGAAAAACUAGGUAGAAAUUUGAGUAUCAAUAUAGUAGAUCGUCUCUGAAUAUCUCCAGAAACGAAAAUGGUCUAGUUCUUUAUUUGUAUUGCACAUUUAU